AUGCCGCGCGACGCCACCGACGCGAACUCGGAGGUCUCGUGCGCGCUGCGCGUCGUCGCGCGGAGCGCGGACGGGCGAAAACACGUCGUGAGCGAACGCAUGGGUUUUACAUUUCGAUGGCGCGCGACGACGCAUUCGAGCGUCACGGUGGCGCUGGUUCCGGUCGACGGACGGGCGACGCACUGGAGAUACGAGCGCGUGAUCACGCGGGAGGUGUUCGAUGGCAUCAAGGCGGAGCAGACGCUGACGCUGCGGGACGCCGUGGGGUUGGCGGAGACGUGCGCGCGGGCGCUCUCGGAGGACGGCGACGGACGACUGAGCGUGCUCUCGUGCGAGAGCGAUGGGAGGGCGCGAUUGGAGAUUGUCGAGGACGGUGGACAUCGGUUGGUGAGCGUUUUGGAACUUCCGUUCGUGGCGAUGGGGGAGGAGGCGGUGAGACGGGAGGUGAGCGAGGAGUACGCGUCGAUGCAGCGCGAGCUCGGCGAGUAUCGUCGCAAGUUUGGAAGUUUGUAA